AUGGCCUUGCUGUCAAGGCAAUUUGCUAAGUACUUGAAGCAGAAGCAGAAAAAGAAAAAGAAUGAAAGAAGUGCAAAGGUCGACAGUUCAUCGAAGAACGUUCAGUGCUUCGAGUGCAAAAGCUUUGGGCAUGUCCGUUCUGAAUGUGCAAAUCUGCUGAAGCAGAAGAAGAAGGCGCUGACUAGCAUCAAGAGUGACUGA